AGAGGCUGAUUCCGAACCCAAAUCCCAGCCCUAAUCCUCCCUCCAUCCCCCAUUCCGUCGGUCUGAUCUGCCCGCCUCGCGCCGGAGAUGAUGGGGGCGGCGGAGAAUGCAGAGCUAGGAGGCCUCCACGACGAGGAGGAGAUGGUGGCCGGCACGACGCCGCCGCCGCCCAGGAAGAUGCAGUCGCUCGACUUCGAGCACAUCGGCUCGCUCGCCGCCGUCGCCGAGUCGCUCUCGCCAAGGAGCAAGUGGCGGAUGGCGCUCAGGAGCCUACGCAUCGUCAUCUUCCAGGCAAAGAUCAACGUCCUCCUGCCCUUCGGGCCACUCGCCAUCACGCUCCACUACAUCCCCGGGAACCACCAAGGAUGGGUUUUCCUUUUCAGCUUAAUCGGCAUCACGCCCUUGGCCGAGAGAUUGGGGUAUGCAACCGAGCAACUUGCUUGCUACACUGGCCCAACAAUUGGGGGCCUUCUGAAUGCUACUUUCGGGAAUGCGACGGAGAUGAUUAUCUCGAUUUACGCGCUCAAAAACGGAAUGAUCCGUGUCGUCCAGCAGUCGCUGCUAGGCUCUAUAUUGUCAAACAUGCUAUUAGUGCUUGGGUGUGCUUUCUUUGCUGGCGGGCUUGCCCAUCCUGACAGAGACCAGGUCUUCAACAAGGCAUCAGCUGUUGUAAAUUCCGGGUUGCUAUUGAUGGCUGUCUUGGGUCUAAUGUUUCCAGCCGUGCUUCACUUUACACACUCUGAAGCGCACUAUGGAAAAUCCGAAGUUUCCCUCUCAAGGUUUAGUAGCUGCAUCAUGCUUGUGGCCUACGCUAGCUAUCUAUUUUUUCAACUGAAGAGCCAGCGCAGUCUAUACAGCCCGAUUGGUGAAGAAGAAGAAACCACUGAGGAUGAGGAGGAUGAAAAGGAGAUAACACAGGGUGAAGCUAUUGCCUGGCUUUUUGUGUUGACUAUUUGGAUUUCAAUUCUCUCUGGGUACCUGGUAGAUGCCAUACAGGGGGCCUCUGAAUCAUUGAACAUGCCACUGGCCUUUAUCAGUGUUAUUCUGCUUCCUAUUGUGGGGAAUGCUGCUGAGCAUGCAAGCGCCAUUAUGUUUGCCAUGAAAAACAAACUUGACAUUACAUUGGGUGUUGCCAUAGGAUCAUCAACUCAGAUAUCUAUGUUUGUGAUUCCAUUCUGUGUGGUAAUUGGCUGGAUGAUGGGAGAAGAAAUGGAUUUGAAUUUUCAAUUGUUUGAGACAGCAACUCUUUUCAUAACAGUACUUGUGGUGGCAUUUAUGUUACAGGAAGGCACAUCGAACUACUUUAAAGGCCUUAUGCUCAUAUUAUGCUAUCUCAUAGUUGCUGCGAGCUUUUUUGUGCAUGUUGAUCCCAAAUCAAGUGACAACAAAUGAGAACUCCCCACCAGGAUUCCUGUGAACUGAUAGGGGAAGGUACUAUCAGAAUUGCGGAUUUUGGCAAAUAUCAAUUGUUUGGAAUUUAGCAUCUGCUGACUCCUGAAUUUGAAGAACAACUGCUGGCAGCAUCGCACAUUAAGUUCCAGCUUUGCAAUUGUAUGGCGCUGAUGCGGCUUUUUUUAAGAUAGCAACGGCAUCGCCCUUUGAGAACCUGUAAUUUUAUGGGACAGUACACGAAGACCAUUAGUCUGUAUUUGUUGUAAACUACACUUGGUCGCAGUUUUGAUGAUGAUGUUGUAUUGAUGUCAAGGAACUGACUAUGUUGUGCAGUUCAAGGAACACUGAUGGCUCUGUAAAAUGGUCUAUCAUGGGUAUUUCGGUUUUCUUGUUUUGUAAAAUCCAACAUCAAUGUGAAAGGCUGAUACUCUGGUGGGAAAACAGAACACAACUGCAUGAUUAGAGGGUAACACAAUUGUUUGUGAAGUACUCAUCUCCAGAGUUUAGCUCCAAAGAUUACUGAAUUGAACUCUGAGGUUAUUGAAUUGAA